AUGAUAAGAAGUUGCGUUACGAUUCUUUGUACCAUAGCACUUGUUGCAUAUGGUUUUAAUGAUCAUCAAAAGUUCCAAUCAAAGUCUGAAAGUCUUCCCGCCAGGUUCAAGAGAGCUGCCCCUGACAAAUCCCCAGUAACUGAAGUCAUCAGCCGUCACCUCGCUAUUGGCCGAGUCCUCAAUGCCAUCUACCUCCAGAUGCAGCUUGAUAAUGGAACAAUUACUCAGAAGGAUAUCCUGGCAGGUAUAUGGAAUCUCAAGAACAGUUCGGUGAUCGACAAGUUAGUUGGUUUAACUGACGACGGGAUCAAGAGCAAUAUCAUUGACCUGGAAAAAUCCAUAGAUGCGGUUUCGGGAGGUAUUGGAGCUAUCAAUGGCGUUGAAAGAUUGCUGGAUGAAGAUGGGAUUUGGAUGGAAGUCACUAAAAGCUUGAGACAGAAACUGAAAGAUGGACUUGAUAAGAUAAAGGUUUUGCAAUCUCUGGUUGAUGAAACGAAUAGUAAAACUCUUCAAUACUUCGUAGAAGACUUUGAAGUCACUAUUCUAGAAAAGUUGGUAUCAUUUGAGACAGUCACGUUCAAUCAGAUGUCAAUUAGGGAUUUGGUGUAUUCAAUUGAAAACUUCAUGUUUUUAUCAACGACAAUAUCGCCAGUUUUAAAAACCAUAUCUCAAUCUACCCACUUCAAAAUGAAUGCUCUAUUGGAAGGAAUCAAUGCGACUGCAGAGAUCUAUGAAAAUGCAUCAGAAAUUGGUAUGCUCAAUCCGAUGUUUCAAAAUAUCAAAAUUCAAGCCCAGAAGUUCCAGUCGUUGUUAGCCAGUCCGGAAACAAUUGAAAAAUUACUUUCCCGGUUGGUAUUUUUUUUGAAAACUUCAAACAACAUCCUUCAACUAUACCAAUUGCCACUGCGUUCCUUUCUACACGAACAGUUUCUCUUGUCGAGAAGGAUCUCAAGGAUUCAUGGGUACGGACUGUUUUGAAUAAAGGCAUGGAUUUAGAUGAUCUGAAAGCUUAUCUUGUAGACUUUUUGACAUCGGCGAAUAGUUUAGAGAAAGUGAACAAAGACUCGGUGCCCAUGUUCAAUUCAUCUGUUAUCGAAAGUCUAGAUUAUACCCUCGCGCUGAUCAAUAGUCUGAGAGUUAUUAAAAAAGUCCCAAAAGAUAUGUUUCUUACGGAUUUUAAUUCAUGCUUCAAAGUACUUUCUUCAACGUCCAUUGUGGAUUACAAUGAGACAGAACUUUUCGAAACAAGUGUUGUCGAACUAUUCAAGACUCCACCAAAAGUCAUGGCUGAUCUAGAAACAUUGUCGCAGGAUGAAGAUUUUUCUAAAAGCAUUUAUAAGUUUAAAGACGACUUAAAUAAUAUGAGAACAGAAGCUGAAUUCGCAACAUGGAAGAGUAGAGGAAGUCUAAAAGCUAUGAAAGAGUACUUCGAAGGACACAGGAAGCUUUUUAAAUCUUUGAAACAAGAAACGUCGUUUAUUGAGUCGGUGAAUGUUUUGUUGAGAAGUAAACAAAAAAUCACUGAAAUCUCGAGUUGGAUGGCUAAUGCUAAACUCGGAACCCCUGCUUGUGACUUUCUAUUUGAACUAGACGCUUCAAUGAUCCAGGAAGUCAACCGAAUGUCAUCUCGAAUCUCCCGUAUCAGAACGAAAAAUGACUUUGAGAAUGUGAAAAGUCUAGUGAAUGCAGUUCUAGAUUCAACAAAAAGUCUAAAAACGAUUCCAAAUCUUAACGGGAAUUCUAGCAAUUCUACCAGACGAAGACGGUCGCCAACAAAGAAGUUUAACGGGGAUCCGAAGAAGCUUCUGAACUUUGCUUUUGCAGCUCAUUCUUUCUAUCAGAUUGGGCAAAUUAAGAAGUAUUCCGCUGAUUUGGAUUUAUUGAUCAAGAAAAUUCCAAGUGUACCAGAUGAAAUCAAAAAGAUCAAAAAUCCGAAAGUGAAGACUGAUUUGGAGAUGAUUUGGAAGAACUCUGCGUCUUUCGUGAAGUUUCUUAUCAAUCUGAAAGCGAGCAACAAGAGAAUUCUGAAUCUCGUGAAGUCAAAACCUGAGAAGACUCUGGAAGAAGUUGGCCUACAGUACAAACUUUUCUCCAGUGCAGCUUUAACAGGAAAAUUUGAAUUGAGAAAACUCAGAGAGUCGAUGAAGCUUCUGGAUACACCAAUGGAUGACGUAGAAGAUGCUUUGAAGACUCUGGAAGAUUCUGCGUCAAUGGAUUGGAACCUAGUCUUCAGUAAUUUCAAGACAAUCCCAACAGACUUGGAGGAUAUUCAGAAACAAUUGCUUGAUUUCUUCGAGGGCGAGCACUUGGAUGAUGAAGUGGAAGGCUGGAAGCUCGCAGUGUACAUUGGAGCAGGAGUCUUGGCUCUGGUAUUGAUUGGCGUCGGUGCUGCAGUGUUUGCAUACUGGUGGAUCCUCAUUCGUGAUCCGGACAUGAGAAGCAUGGUUCCUAAAGAGAAAAUCUACACUGCACCCGAGGAAGUUGACUACAGUUACAUGCAACUACAAGACUCCCGUCUGGAAAGUAAUUCUCGUUUUGGAGAAGGAUACGGCACAAAGAUUUUCGAUCUUUGCGAACGUAAACAGUGGGAGAAAGUGGAGAAAAUGGUGAAAGCGGGAGCUCUGCUCGACGUAUGCAAUGGUCUGGAUGGUAAAACUUGCCUGCAUGUUGCCAUCGAAAAUCUUCACAAGGAGACCAUUGAGCUGAUGAUUCAAUCUGGUGCGGAUAAGUACGCUCACGAUUAUUACGGAAAUGAUGCGGUGGAUUUUGUGAAAAUUUUGAGGAAAGAUUCGGAUUUAUUUGAUGAUGUUUAUCGGGCAGUUAAGGAUACUCCGUUUAAUACAAGAUUAAUCCCACCAAACUCGAAAAGAUUCUGGAAUGUUCUUGUCUUCGAUAAGAAUGCUCUUACACGUCGUCAAAAGAAGAAGCUACCGCUGAGAAUCAAAUAUUGUAUCACUUGGGGUUACAAGGAGAAUAUGGACUUGAAUUCGUUCUCACACAUUGUACUCCCGAAGAAGUACGUGACGAAUAUGAAUGAUCAGAAAAAUCUUCUGGCGAUGGACAACAAUGAUUUGAUGACGUUUAAACUUCUUGCAUGCAUGGCAUCGCUUGUUGUUCCAUCCUGGCUCACUGCACUCAUCGAUCCGCAAUUUGGAGAAAACGCUAUGGACACUGAUUACAAGUGGUACACGGUGCACACUUGCCACAAUGGGAACGUACACAUCGACACGGUAUUCCAUAGCAAGACCAACCAACAUAAGAUGCGUCCCAAGCUCCUGGAACAGUGUGGUUUCCAUAUCCUAGAAACUGAGUUAUUGAAGAAUCGUGAAGGCUGGGAAGAGGUUAUCAAGUUGUUUGGCGGCUCCGUUGUGCAAGAUAUUGAAGCUGACGACGAGAAGACUCCGAAGCCAUACUGGACGUUGUCUAGCUUCUAUAAGAAGAAGAAGUGGGAGCAGAGAAGCUGCAUCAUUCUCAAGCACUCGGAUAGUAAGAUUGAAAAGAAAUGGCAGUCUAUGCACGCAAUGUAUACCUUGGUCGACUUCUCAUUCCUUGCCGAAUGCAUUGUCCGUCACUACAUCCUUCCGAUUGAUAACGCCGUCGUGCCAUUGGACAGAAUCGCAAGUGAUAAGGAAGUUGUCAGAAAACGCGAGAAGAAGAAAAAAGAGGAGGAGGACCGAAUCGCCCGAGCACUGAAGACCGAGCCGACUGAAGAGGAGCCAACUGACCCGGAGGAUCUUAUCGUUUAUGAUCCGAGAAAGCAAUACAAGCCCAUGAAGGGGAAGAAGAAGGUUCAUCCGAUGAAGAUAAAGAAGAAGGCGCCCAAGAAGAAGAAGGAAGGGACUCUCACUGAAACCACCAAAUCGUCCAUGAUGACCGAUAUGCAAUGA